AUGUGUCCCUGUGUCCCUGUGUCGCUGUGUCGCUGUGUCGCUGUGUCGCUGUGUCGCUGUGUCGCUGUGUCGCUGUGUCGCUGUGUCGCAGUGUCUCCGUGUCUCCGUGUCUCCGUGUCUCCGUGUCUCCGUGUCUCCGUGUCUCCGUGUCUCCGUGUCUCCGUGUCUCCGUGUCUCCGUGUCUCCGUGUCUCCGUGUCUCCGUGUCUCCGUGUCUCCGUGUCUCCGUGUCUCCGUGUCUCCGUGUCUCCGUGUCUCCGUCUCCGUCUCCGUCUCCGUCUCCGUCUCCGUCUCCGCCCGUCUCCGUCUCCGCCCGUCUCCGUCUCCGUCUCCGUCUCCGUCCGUCCGCACUCACCCGACGUUGGUGUUAACGGUGCAGGCCUUGGCCGCCUCCCCCGCGUGGAAGUGCCUCGGCGAGGGUAUGAAGGCGGUGGGCGCGGCCACGGCGGCCGCGACGGGCCACACCAGGACGGCAUACAAGCGCGCCUGCCGGGCUCGCCGCGCGCGGGACAGGCGCCGACUACUGGUGCUCGUGAUGCUGGUGCUGUGA